GGGGGGAGGUCGCUGCGGGGCUGCCUGCUGCGCGUCCGCCGUCGCUCUCCGUCUGCGCUGGAGGCGGCCGCGCCGCGGCGAGUUUGGCUGAAAUCCCCCAUUCCUUCUGCCCGAAUCUCUUCCUCUGAAGCUGUCACCAGAGUGUGGAGCCUGCCCCACACCCAUCCCCUGCCAAACCACGGCCUUUACCUGUGUCUUCCGGUGUUUCCCGUGCGACCCGUCCUGUGGGAGCGCCUCCUGGGCCACCCCAGAGUUCCCCCAGCGCUCAGUGGCUCCAAUGGUGAAGAUGACAAGGUCCAAGACUUUCCAGGCAUAUCUGCCUUCCUGCCACAGGACCUACAGCUGCAUUCACUGCAGGGCUCAUCUCGCCAACCACGAUGAGCUCAUUUCCAAGUCCUUUCAAGGAAGCCAGGGACGAGCAUACCUCUUCAAUUCAGUAGUUAAUGUGGGUUGUGGCCCUGCAGAGGAGCGGGUGCUAUUAACAGGAUUACAUGCGGUUGCAGAUAUUUACUGUGAAAACUGCAAAACCACACUGGGUUGGAAAUAUGAACACGCUUUUGAAAGCAGCCAGAAGUAUAAAGAAGGCAAAUACAUCAUUGAACUAGCUCACAUGAUCAAGGAUAAUGGCUGGGAUUGAAUGGAAAGAGCCCAGCCCUACCAGCGUGUAAGAAAAUGCCAUCCAACCGAACAUUAAAUCCAAGAGUGAGAGAGUGACUGAACGCUUGGUUCCAUGCAUUUAGAGGCUCUGCAAUUUGGGAGCAUCUUCACACCCUUCUCCAUCUUUAUUGGUGACUGGCCUCUAAAUUUCUGUCUCUCUGUCUCUUUGCUUUGUAUCUGUUUGUGAGUUGACCCUGGCUGCUUCUCUCUCUGUUCUGGCGUUGGCUCAGAGAAUGCACCGAAUGCCCAACAGCCAUCCCAUGGUGAUGAAUGUUUAAGUACAAGCUGCAGUUGGCUCUGUGGUGGCAUUUCAUACCAGAAGGUCUCGGUGCGGGAGGAAGACCUGAGGUUUGGGCAGGAGAAGGUGGUGUAGAGGGUGGGCCCUCCUUUAAGUCCUGGUUCACCAAGGCUUGAAACUCUCUCCUUGUCUCAAGGCACAGAAAAAUACCUCACGGCUGCGUUCUCUCCGAAUCGUAAAACCACUGCUCCCUUGGUGGAGCUUCAGUCUAAGUUGGCUGAGCACAAGUCAUAACCAGUUCCCCCUGCAAGCUAAUUGCAAAUCUGUGUUUUGUUUGCCAUUUAUGAACUUGUUGUCCGGGUGGGGAGAGGACCUGAAAGGCUGGAGAGAUUCCCUGCCUCUCCUUUUUCUCUCACUGUUUCAGGGUCGGUAGGCCAAACAUCCCAACAGAGCACAGCUGUGGGAGCAUCCUGACAGCUGGAGAAACCAAAUCCUGACUCUUGAGUCCUUCAGAGGGGAGGAGAAAAGUGCUUAAGGCACAAUGGGACUGGAGAUGCAGCUUAGAAGAUAUGAUGGGGGGAAAAAAAGGCAUGUGCUAGGCAAGAAAGAGGAAAUUACAUAGAGGAGGAUGGGGACAAACUUAGUAAUGCAGGGUGCCCUUGAUUUCCCAGCUUCCAGUGAGCAUCCUUGGAUCUUUUACCAAUCCUUCACAAAUGUGAGUGAGAAAAUGCUGUUACAGAACCUUCUUCAUAAAUCCCAGGCCCAGCCAUCAGCUCUGCUCUUGGAGCCUGGCAGAGGAAUGGUGUGACAGUGGGGAGAGGAGGGAGCUGAGGAGCCUGGUGGUUGUAGCAAUAUUGCACAGGUGGAUAUGUCAAGCCAUGAGGUAUCCCCCCAAAAACCUUCCCCCCUUUUCCCACUCUCAGAAGCCUGUUGAAGGCACAGGGGAAAAGGGAAAGGAAAAAAGAAACUAAAGAUCUCCCCCCUACUCCUGAAAUUGUCUAUGCCUUGGAGUUCAAAAAGGGAGGGGUAGAUAUGGGCAUCAUAACUGCAAGGGACAAGUCCUUCCCAUUUUUAUUUUUUUUUAAUUUUAAUUAAGUGUGGACCUUCCCGAGGUGGUUGGUGGGAAGGGGCAUCACGUGUGAGAGGGGAGCUAUGUUAGACAGAAAUGACAAUGUGAAGUUUGCUCUGCAACAGUCCAGCCAGUAUCUGGUGCAUAACUCAAGACUAUUUAACUGAAUUAGUUUUAUCUCUCUGAGUGAAUUUUCUUUUUGUUUGUGGAAUUCUUUCAAGUAGGUUAAUCCACUGGAGGAAAUCGUUCUUAAUCCAGAAGGAAAGAGUAUUGUGCAGGGGGUUGUGACUCCUUAUGAAACUGAAGCUUUGGAGCUGUAAUCUGUUGUUGCUUGCCCCUACCCCAAGAUGCUCUCAGUCAGCGGUGGGGACCAGGACACAGUGCUGGUGGUGAGAAAAGAAUUAGCUGUUCAGUGAAGGGGAUGUGAGCAGAGAUGCUGCUUAGGGAUCAGGGUGGACCUUACAUGUUGGGUCCUUGUGCUGAAAUCCCAACCUGAUGGCUCAUCCAGGCAGAAGCUGUGCUUUCUCUUGAACCUCUGACCUUUACACCCUUGGUGAGAGUAGUUCAGGUGGAUUCUGGCCAUGGCUCCUGCAGUGGAUGGCACUGGCUCAGUGUGUGGUGAGCCUGUUAGGAGGUGGCUUCUGCCUUCACCCUCCCUGCUGUGGCUGUGUAAGUGUUGCAUCAGCUUUUGUUUCUCUGCUUCCAUCAGCCACGUUCUCUUCAGUGAUAGAAAUCCAGUAGAAAUCAAAAAGUUUUCAGUGCCUGUCUUGUGUCAUUGGCACUGACCUUGUCCCAUCUGCCUGAGCCCUGGUGGGUGAUCCAUGACAAUUUACUGGGGUUUGGCUCGUGGGAAGUAAUCAGUGUUCUUUGAAGAGCUCUUCAGUCUCCCCAGAUAUGCAGCCUUUUAAAGGGCUUGAUGGGAGCUGGGAGAAGGAAGAAAUAACCCCAAAUAAUUAAUAUGAGGUUGAGAAAAAGAGCACAUAGAGGCCUAUGGUUUUAUGUUGGUAUUUAGAGUGGUUGCCUAUGAAAAAGUGAUAGAAAAUGGAGGCUUGCCUGGAGGAAUGCUCUGAGAAGUAAGAGCAGUUGCUACAGAGAGCUGCCAGAUGUAAAUGGUUUUUAUCCAUGUAUUUGGGACAAGAAAGGGCAAUGAUCCAUCAGGUCGGGGCUGUUUUUAACUCUUCAUGCUUUUAAUGGCAACCAAUCUAAGCUUGACUAUGGCAAGAUCUUAAUCUGGUUUUAAUUGGUUUUGUCCCAUCAGCAUCCACAGAUUGACACUUGGCUGAGAAUCUGGCCUCAAGCCCUAAUAGGGAAAAAAAAAAAAGGUGUCUGUGAACACCCUCAACACCCAGAGAAUUAUCUGUGGGGUGACUGUAAUGCACAGUACAGGGAGAUAAGGAAAAAAAGGGCUUGUGGAGCUCGUUGGCAUUUGUUCUCAGCUACAUGUCCAUUAAAUAUGAAGUAAUUCUUAAUCUGCUGCUAACUCAUCUGUGACUUGCUGGGUGUAAGACACAUGACAGUAUUGGGAGCUGGUGACCACACAGGAUGCUCAGAUCUUUGUGCCAGUGGCUACCACAGCCAGGACAGGUGAAAUUGAUGACUCCUUGAGUGAUACAUUGAGAACACAACCAAAGAACCUCACUGUCUGCAUCCCUCUGCUCCUGGGAGUCAGCUGUAGCCAGUUCUGUAGUGAGUGGAAGGAGCAAGGUGGGACUGUUGUUUCCGAGCUGGAGAUGUGGCAGAGCACUGAGUGCCUGUGGUGCUGCUUUCCAUGGGUGACAUCCUUGAGAAAACAUCAACAGCAGCAAGUUUUGCUUUUUUUUUGGGUAUUUUUUUGUGUGUGGCAGCCUUGUCUCUGGCGAGAUGCAUGCACCCUUGAGUUUACAUCACCCCUGUCUUCCCCAAAGCUCAGACUUGAGUAAGUUUUGUUCUGCUCUAGUGGAUUAUGUGGUGUAAAAUCCUGAUCCCUGUAAUGAAUAUUGAGAUGAUAAUAUAUAAAAAGCAGGAAAAAAACCCACAUUAUCUUGUGAAAUAUACUUUUGUAAAUAAUAUUUAAUUUUUUUAAAAAAAAUAAUAUAUUUGGUGCUGUUUUCUCAGAGCCCCUCCCUGAGAGCACUUUUUGUUUUGUUGUUGUUUAUUAAUUAAUGAUACUGUUUCCUUCUGUAUUUGUUGGAAAAUAUGUUUAAAGGGAAACAAAACUCACAAUAUACCUUGUCCUCUUUAAGUUAAUCCAUUUUUCCUCUGGAUGUGGCAGGAGAAGGGAGUCACUUCUGCUUCCACCCAGCUUGGGUGGUGGCCAGGUUAGGGACUGCAGCUUUGGUGUCAGAGCUGAGUGCUGGGACACUCUGCAGACCCUGCCCCAGGUGAGCUCAGCCUCCCACAGCAAUUCCCAGUAAAGCCACUGGGGCUCCAUCUGGACAGGACUUUCCUGAGGAGAUCUGGUCUGUAGGAUCCAGGCUUGAAAUUUUCUCUUGCACCAGUAUUGGCUGGAGUGAAGUAGAUAACUGAGACUUAGAAAACAGGAUUUCAUAUAAACUGCCACCUCCUGAAUUGCUGCUUGGGGGCAGCAGGGAUGGAGGAUGGAGAUUUCUAACUGGUCCUUGUUUUUAAACUAAAACCUAAAUUUUUGGACAUGGAUCCUGGUUUUUUUGUUUGUUUUUUUGUUUGUUUGUUUGUUUGUGUGUGGUUGGUUGGUUUUGUUUUGUUUUUUUUUCCAAACCAGGCUGCUACAUAACAAAUUAGAGUAAAAGUUUACCUCUCUGGCAGUAAAGUUCUUUUUUGUUUGUUUUGUUUUCCUUUCCUGACUUUAAGCUCCCCCCAUCUCCCCCUUCUUUGUUUUGAAUCCAUUGGUCUCUUGCUUAUCCCAAAGUGGACCAACAGCACAAACCACUGGACUGUGUUUUGCUGAGUGAGGAGCUGUUUUCAGUAACUGUUGCACGCUCUUUAAUUCUCUGGUUUUGGUGCACAGGAUUUAAAAAUACACAGGAGAAAAAGAAAAAAAAAACCAACAAACCAAACAAAACCCUGUGAAUGAAAUCUUGUCAUUCUUGUGAUGAUCAAGUGAGAAUUUUCUCUGUAUGCAUUUUUCUAAGUGGUCUGUGAGAGUGUGUUUGUUAAUCAUGCAUUUCACUGCACUUCCAUGUUUUUGGGAGGAGCGUCGUGUUUCGUGUGGAGCAGUUCUUGGAUGAAGAGAUGACACCCAAACACCCAGUUGGGUGAACAGAUGGGCAAGAACCAGAGCUCAGCUCAGUGGGAAGGAGCCCAUCUCACCAGGUGAGAGGCCUCAGAAAUUAAAUGUUCAGAAACCAUUAUGUUAGACCAAGAUUUUGCAGAAUCCGAUUUAAAAAGAAAAAGCAGAAGAGGGGAAACAAAAUCAUCUUGAAUUCAGAAAAAAAAAAAAAAAAUCAACAUAUUUAAAUGCAAGCAGAAUGGCAUUGUGUAAGGUACAACCACAAAUAAGCUCUUCUCAUAGUUACAAACUGUGUGUAUCCUUUGUUUUGUUUUUCAUAAGGAAAUGGGAAUGCUUUCCCCACUGACAAAACUAAAGGACAAUAUUUCCAAUACCAGCCUGUCUGUUGAUGCUCUUGUGUUUACAAACUGUGUAUACUUUUAUUUCUUUGAUCUUAUUUUAAUUUUUAUUUUUUUUUUGGCAUAUUGUUUCAGGUCAUUUGCUUCAGUAAUAAAUGCAAUUGUUUGUUUUCAGAUCAUUGGUUUUCACCUUUCCAUGUAUUUGUACAUUGUAUAUAGUUCUUCAGUAUUAGAGGGAGGCGUAUUGUUUGUCAUUAUUUACAAUAUGUGUUGGUGCUCAUUUGAGAAAAUAAAAUUUUCAAGUACUAAA